UCUCUCUAUCUUCGAGAAUCGUAGAUGCUCUCGUCUUUUCUCUCUCAAUAAUGGCAGAACACUUUCGGAGUCUCUGCCAAUCUCUUGCCGACGACAAACUAUCAUCGCCGGGCGAUCUCCUCCAGAAGCUUCGCUCCGAUGAAUCGAUCAAGCUCGGCCUCCAACAGUUCUACCUGAUUCUCCAGUCCGGCCUCCAACCGAUCGAAGGAGAGGCUAAAUUCGGUUUUCAACUAUGGUCCGAAACGCAGAUUAUAUCUGUUGCUUCUGUAGGCUGCGCGAUCGCCGCUGUGUUUCGAUCUCUAUCAGUGGACCAGUUGGAGCCAAUAAUUGUUGCUGUUCCACGAAAGUUACUGGAGUUUGCAAUUUGUUUUUUGGAGAAAUCCGACUUCAGUACAGAUGACUUCAGAUUCAGCCUACAGAGUAAUAUGAUACAACUUUUGGAGAUCACAUUGGGUGAUGUGAUGGAGAAAGUCACCUACCUAGUGCAGUCUGUUUAUGUAGAUACCCUUGUAGACUUGCAGCUGAUGGUUUCUAGUAGUUCUAGUAAUAUUCAGUUGGAUGACAACAUAAAAUGUGGUCUUCAAGGUGUCAAGUGCUCUAGGGAAGAGAAACAAGUGAAUAGGCUGCUAUUAGCUUUAGCUUCUGAGUGUUUGCAAUCUGAUAGACAGAACACAGGGUUUGAUGCACUCACUGCCCACCAUGAUCUGAACAGUUUGGUUUUUCUAACCCAGCACUGGGCUGUCACUCACUUGGAAGGCAUUCAACGUCUGAUUUUACUCUGCAAAGAGCUGGUCAAAGUUCCUGACAUAUUUGAAGAAAGGAUGUCUGGUACAAACUUCCACAAGAAACUGACUUUCAGUCGGAGGAUUUUGAAGUUACUUGGACAGCUUGCAACGGAUGUUCCAUAUGUUGAAUAUGAUGUCUCAUUGUUAGAAGCAGUUGCUUCAUGUGCCAGUGUAUUGCCUAGCUUGUGUAGACCUGGCUUUGAAUUUAUAAAUGAAUAUGCUGCUGGAGAAGGUAGUUUUGAGAGUCUUGUGCUGUUGCUUAUGGAAGAGUUUCUUCAUCUUGUUCAGGUUAUCUUCCACAACAGCAGUGUUCCCCAGAAUAUCAAAACAUUUAUGGUAACUUCUGUACUGGAAAAUCUGGAUUCUUCCGUAUGGAGAUACAACAAGGCUGCUCCUAUUGUAAAGCCCCCAUUGGCCUACUUUCCUAGGGUUGUUGUUUAUUUACUGAAACUCAUUCAGGAUCUUAGAAGGCAAACAUUUGGGGUUAUUGAUCUGAAGGAGAUUGACACAGAUGAUGUUGGCAGUUCUGUUGAUUUGUUGAAGGAUUCCCCUUCAUGUCAUGUAUGCCUAGAGAACAUUCCCUUGGUUAAGAGAUUUUCUAGUGAUGAACUAUUAGAGAUCAUAUUUUCUUCAUCAAAUCAGUGGCUGGAUAAUCUGACGCACCUCACUUAUUUCCUUCAUUCACAAGGGGUAAAACUGAGGCAAAAAAUGGAGAUGUCACUUUCAAGUGAUGGAAAAGGUCAUAGCUCCUCAGAAUCAGAAACUGCAGUUUGCCAUGAUGAUGAAGCCCUUUUUGGGAACCUUUUCUCUGAGGGUAGUCGUACGGCAGGAUCUACAGACAUAUGUGAUCAAGCCUCAGCUCCCGUAAAUUCUAGUUCCAGCAUAUGCAAUAUGUCAAUGCAAGCUGCUGCUGAGCUACUGAGUUUUCUCAAAGAAUGCAUCUUCUCUCAAGAAUGGCAUCCUUCUAUCUAUAAGGAUGGCUGCAAAAAACUUAGCCAGAACCAUAUUGAUAUUUUCCUUUCCAUACUGAACUGUCAAGGCUGCCAUUGUGAAGAUAAGGCAACUGAAAACAAUGCAGCUUCUCAUGAAGAUCCGAAGACUGGGGAUGUCCAUGAUAUCUGUUUCCAGCUAUUGCACAAUCUUCUUAUCCAACAUGCUUUAUCUGAUUCACUUGAAGAGUAUCUUGUUGAUCAAAUCCUGAAUGUUGAAAAUGAUAUUUUUGUUUAUAGUGAUCAGGCCUUAACCAUGCUGGCACACAUCCUUUUCUUUAGUGCGGGUUUAGCUGGGAGCCAAUUGAGAACCAAAAUUUAUGAAGGAUUUGUUUCUUUCAUUGAUCAGAAAGCAAAAGCUAUUUUUUUGAAAUGCACUAGCCUGAAAGAGCUCCUGGCAACCAUGCCAUCUGUUUUCCAUAUUGAGAUUCUACUCAUGGCGUUCCAUCUAUCAUCAGAGGGAGAGAAGGCAGCACUGGCAAAAUUAGUACUUUCUUCCAUUCAGGCAAUUAAUGUUCCAUCUGCAGAUUCCUCUGUCACUCAACUUUCAUGCUGGGCUUUAAUCAUUUCAAGGUUGAUUUUACUGCUUUGUCAUAUGGUAUUUUACCCACAUACUUGUCCUUCAUUUUUGCUUGUACAUAUGCGAUCAAAGUUGAGGGAUGCACCAGCUUUUGUUUCCCAUAUGCGAAGCUCCAAUGAUCAUUUAGCCUCCUUAGCGUCAAUUACAGUGAAGAACAUAAUGGGAGCUUGGAUUGAGAAAGAGCCAACUAUUAGUAGCCUGAUCAACCAUUUAAUCAAUGUUACAGGCCUCCCGUCUCCUCUCUAUAGAGAUGAUAUGACAUGCAAAUCUUUGGGCUUUAGUUGGGAGGAUUUGCAUUCAACUUUCUCUUGGAUUCUGGGAUUCUGGAAAGGUAAAAAAGCAGCUGCAGUGGAAGAUCUUAUUGUUGAAAGGUAUAUUUUCAUUCUUUGCUGGGAUAUUCCUAAUAUGGGCUCUGCAUUGGAACAAAAAUUAUCACCAUGGAGUAACUCGCAGAUUUUGGACGUCUCCAGUAUUGAGCAUUUCAUUCUCUUCAGCCAUUCACUUCUGAGCCACUUCAACAGAAUUGGAAAGAGCUUUAACAUUCAAAAUCUUGUGGUUGAUCUGCUACAGAAUUUGUUUUCUGUGCACAUGGAUGGUGGCAUUGAGGAUCCAGGAUGGGAUUUCCUGAGAAAUGAAUUAUGGAUGUCUUUGGUACUGUCCUUAUUGAGUGUAGGCAUCUGGAGAUAUUGUGUGAAGAAUUCAGUCCCUGAAGCUAGUCCAUCGUGGUCAGAGAACAGUCCUAGGGAUGAUGAUUUUAUCAAUUCUGCAGAAGUGUUGAUUUCCAACGUAAUUGUGGAUGGUCAAAUUCCAGGUCUAUUAAGGAUGUUCUCAUCCUUGUUAAACAGAUACCUUCAAGCUCAUGAAAAGGCUUUCCUUUCUACAUUUGGUGUUGGCCAGCAUGAAGCGGGUGGUUUUUCUCCUCUGCUGCUUCUCAAACACUCCCAAUUUGAUAAAUCCAUGCGGGAUGACUUCCUUGAAAAGUAUGGCUUAAGUUCUUGCCAGCUGGAGUCUGUUCUUAACAUCUUACCAAAAUUGGAUGAGGCUGUCAACCAAAAAGCUUCUGGCAUUCUAUCUAAGGUGUUUUGGGAAUGCAUGUUGCAUGGUUUUCCCUCUUAUCUUCAAGCUUCUAGUGGAGUCCUUCUGUCCUGUAUUCUGGAUAUCAGGAGGAUAAUUUUCAUUUUGGCUGGGUUACUCAGGCUAGACAAAUUAAGGGGAAAUCUUUGCCUUGAUGCUGAUGUACAACAUCAGAUUCUUGAUUCACUAAUGAUCAUUAAGUUUGAUCGCAUCUUUGAAAGUUUUCAUGGAAUAUGUGAAGAUAUUUAUUGUGAUUUGAGUUCAGGACUGGAAUCAUCUGAUUAUACUGAACUGUUUCUGAUCAAGGACCUGGAAAGGUUUCUUAGAGACAUAUGUUCUACUAGACCAAGUGAACCUCAUGUUCUUGAAUGGAUAAUUGCCAAGACUAUCGAUACCAUGGAUGGCCUCAGGAAAGACUCUUCUAAGUUGAGCAUUUUCAAGUUUUAUGUUGGAGCACAUGAUUUGUCUGAAAAGUUCAGAGAUCUCCAUGGGUCACAACAUGGUGAUUUGAUCAUUCUCAUUGAAUCUCUAGAUAAUUGUCACUCUGAAUCAGUAAAUGAAAAGGUGCUUAACUUCUUUGUUGAUCUCUUAUCAGGAGAGCUAUCUUCUGAUCUAAAACAAAAGUUAUUCAGCAAAUUCCUUUCCAUGGAUUUGACUGCCUUGUCAAAAUGGUUGGAGGAAAGGCUUUUGGGUUGCAUAACAGAAUCUUCAGAAGGGGUGAAAUGUGCAAGAGGAAAUUAUCUUGCUCUCAGAGAUGCAACCAUGAAUUUUAUUUUGAGUCUUGUUACUUCACAAUCUGAAUCACAAUCAAGUGAACUACACAAUCAUUUGUUUGAAGCUGUAUUGGUUUCACUUGAUACUGCAUUUUUGCUUUAUGACAUUCACACUGCCAAGUCUUAUUUCCAUUUUGUUGUCCAACUUGCAAGAGGGGAGAACUCAUUAAAGUUGCUUUUGAAAAGGACAGUGAUGCUGAUAGAGAAGUUGGCUGGUGAAGAGCAUUUGCUGCCUGGAUUAAAGUUUCUAUUUGGCUUUCUUGAAAGCAUCUUAAGUGAUUGUGGUUCAUGUAAGAAUACAACAGAAAAGUCUUCAGGAAAGUCCCCUUCUGGUAGCAGCAUCGUAACAGGCUCUAUGGCCUCUAGGCCAGUAGGCUCAAGAAAAAAUCCCAACACCUUGAUUCUUUCUGCUAAUCGGGAAGGUGGAUCAGUGUCCCUUGAAUGUGAUGCAACUUCUGCUGAUGAUGAUGAAGAUGAUGGAACUUCUGAUGGUGAGGUAGCUAGCAUAGACAAGGAUGAGGAAGAGGAUACUAAUAGUGAGAGAGUUCUUGCUUCCAAAGUUUGCACAUUUACUUCUAGUGGCAGCAAUUUUAUGGAACAGCAUUGGUACUUUUGUUAUACGUGUGAUCUGACUGUGUCAAAAGGCUGUUGCUCCAUUUGUGCAAAAGUUUGUCAUCGUGGUCAUCGUGUUGUUUAUUCUCGCUCAAGUCGUUUCUUUUGUGACUGUGGAGCUGGGGGUGUUAGGGGGAGCAGUUGCCAGUGCUUGAAACCUCGGAAAUUCACUGGAAGUGACAGUGCACCUGCUCGUGGUGCCAAUAAUUUUCAAUCAUUUUUACCCUUCACAGAGGAUGGAGAUCAGCUGCCUGAAAGUGAUUCUGAAACUGACGAAGAUGUUGAGAUAGAUGCAGAAAACUCACUCAGGUUGUCUAUUCCAAGAGAGUUUCAAGAUGAAAUCCCAGUGCUGCUUGAAGAACUUGACAUUGAGGGCCGGGUGCUUGAACUCUCCUCUUCAUUGCUGCCUUCUAUAACAAGCAGGAGAGAAUCAAAUGUUUUGAAAGAUAAGAAAAUUAUUCUGGGGCAAGAGAAAGUGCUUUCUUAUGGUGUAGAUCUCUUUCAAUUGAAGAAAGCUUACAAAAGUGGGUCAAUAGACCUCAAGAUAAAGACUGAUUAUUCAAAUGCCAAAGAACUUAAAUCCCAUUUAGCUAGUGGCUCACUUAUCAAAUCUUUGCUGAGUGUCAGCAUUCGAGGUAGACUGGCUGUUGGUGAAGGGGACAAAGUUGCUAUAUUUGAUGUUAUGCAGCUAAUAGGACAAGCAACAAUUGCACCUGUAACAGCAGACAAGACAAAUGUUAAGCCUCUAUCUAGGAAUGUUGUUAGGUUUGAAAUAGUUCAUCUUGCUUUCAAUCCAGUGGUAGAGAACUACCUUGCUGUGGCAGGCUUUGAAGAUUGUCAGGUCCUCACGCUGAAUCAUCGUGGUGAAGUGGCUGAUAGACUUGCCAUUGAACUUGCCUUACAAGGGGCACACAUUAGACGGAUAGAUUGGGUUCCUGGUUCUCAGGUUCAAUUAAUGGUGGUUACCAACAGGUUUGUCAAGAUAUUUGAUCUCUCCCAGGACAACAUCAGUCCUUUGCACUACUUCACACUGCCUGAUGACAUGAUAGUAGAUGCGACACUUUCUGUGGCAUUGCAAGGACAGAUGUUUCUUAUAGUUCUUUCAGAACAGGGAAGCUUAUAUAAGCUAGAACUGUCUUUAGAAGGUAAUGAGGUGGCCACGCCAUUGAAGGAAAUUAUUCAUAUUCAGGAUAGAGAAAUCCAUGCCAAGGGCUCAUCUUUGUACUUCUCUACAACAUAUAAGUUACUUUUCUUAUCCUAUAUAGAUGGCACUACUUUGGUAGGUCGUUUAAGUCCUGAUGCAACAUCUUUGACUGAAAUAUCUUGUGUCUAUGAGGAAGAGCAAGAUGGCAAGGCACGACCAGCUGGGCUGCAUCACUGGAAGGAGUUAUUGGCUGGUCCAGGGUUGUUCUUUUGCUUCUCAAGUUUGAAAUUAAACUCUGCCCUUGCUAUAUCAAUGGGGCCCCAAGAACUGCUUGCUCAGAAUCUAAGACAUGCUGCUAGUUCUACCUCACCUUUAGUUGGGAUUGCUGCUUUUAAGCCUUUACCCAAGGACAAGGUCCAUUGCCUUGUUUUACAUGAUGAUGGCAGCCUUCAGAUAUACUCUCACAUUCCUGUUGGAGCUGAUGCCACUGCUAGUGUGACAGCUGAGAAAGUUAAAAAAUUGGGUUCUAAUAUCCUUAACAUUAAAGCUUAUGCUGGAACAAAACCAGAGUUUCCACUUGAUUUCUUCGAGAAAACAGUUUGCAUCACGGCAGAUGUGAAGUUGGGUGGUGAUGCCAUCAGAAAUGGGGAUUUUGAGGGAGCUAAGCAGAACUUGGCAGCAGAGGAGGGCUUUUUAGAAAGUCCAAGUCCUUCAGGAUUUAAGAUAUCAGUCUCCAAUUCAAAUCCUGAUAUUGUCAUGGUUGGUUUUCGUGUGCAUGUGGGUAAUACAUCACCAAACCACAUACCUUCCGAGAUAAAAAUUUUUCAGAGGGUGAUUAAGUUGGAUGAGGGCAUGAGGUCUUGGUAUGAUAUCCCAUUCACUGUAGCUGAGUCACUCCUUGCUGAUGAAGAAUUCGUUAUUUCUGUUGGGCCCACUUUCAGUGGCUCUGCAUUGGCUAGAAUAGAUUCACUCGAAGUGUAUGGUCGAGCUAAGGAUGAAUUUGGUUGGAAGGAGAAAAUGGAUGCUGUGUUGGAUAUGGAAGCUCGUGCACUUGGUUCCAAUUCAAUGCAGGCCACUUCUGGUAAAAAGUGCCGGUCAAUACAGUCUGCUUCUAUUGAGGAACAAGUGGUGGCUUAUGGUCUCAAGGUUCUUGCCAGGAUUUACUCACUUUGUGUGUCACAGGAAGAGGAAGUAAAAGCAGAUCUCAGCAAGGUCAAGUGCAAGAAAUUGUUGGAAACAAUCUUUGAGACUGACAGGGAACCCUUAAUGCAGGCUUCUGCUUGUCAAGUAUUGCAGGCUGUGUUUCCCAAAAAGGAGAUGUAUUACCAAGUUAAGGAUACCAUGCGUCUUUUGGGGGUGGUGAAAUCAACAUCUAUUCUUUCUUCAAAAUUGGGAAUUGGAGGUGGUACAGGGGGGUGGAUUAUUGAGGAGUUCACUGCUCAAAUGCGUGCUGUGUCUAAGAUUGCACUGCACCGUCGUUCCAAUUUAGCCAUUUUUUUGGAGAAGAAUGGUUCUGGGGUGGUGGAUGGACUUAUGCAAGUUCUUUGGGGAAUUUUAGACUUAGAGCUGCCUGAUACACAAACUAUGAACAACAUCGUUAUAUCUUCUGUGGAGCUCAUUUAUAGUUAUGCUGAAUGUUUGGCUUUGAACGGAAAAGAUGCAGGAAGCCACUCUGUAGCACCUGCUGUUGUGCUAUUCAAGAAACUUUUAUUCUUUCCCAAUGAUGCAGUUCAAACUUCAAGCAGCUUAGCUAUAUCAUCAAGACUUCUCCAGGUUCCAUUUCCAAAACAAACAAUGUUAUCAACUGAUGAUGCAGCAGAAAAUGCAGCGGCUGCCUCUGUCACCACUGAGAUGUCUGGUGGAAAUUCGCAAGUUAUGAUUGAGGAAGAUUCUAUCACUUCAUCUGUCCAAUACUGUUGUGAUGGCUGUUCUACCGUUCCCAUACUUAGAAGGAGAUGGCAUUGCACUGUUUGUCCUGAUUUUGAUUUAUGUGAAGCAUGCUAUGAAGUGCUAGAUGCAGACCGGCUUCCUCCUCCACACUCUAGAGAUCAUCCAAUGACAGCAAUUCCCAUUGAAGUAGAGUCACUUGGAGGGGAUGUCAAUGAAAUUCACUUCUCCACGGAUGAUGCUAGUGACUCAAACUUGGUGACAUCAGCAGCCAGUGUCAGCAUGCAAAGUUCUGCCCCUUCAAUUCAUGUCUUGGAACCCAGUGAAUCUGGGGAGUUUUCUACUUCAAUUAGUGACCCUGUCUCAAUCUCUGCUUCAAAACGAGCCGUGAAUUCCUUGCUUCUAUCUGAGCUUCUUGAACAGUUGAAAGGGUGGAUGGAAACGACUUCUGGUAUUCGUGCUAUUCCUGUUAUGCAACUCUUCUACAGAUUAUCAUCAGCUGUUGGUGGACCUUUUAUUGACAACUCAAAGCCUGAAACGUUAGAUUUAGAGAAAUUAAUCAAAUGGUUUUUGGAUGAAAUUAAUCUCAACAAGCCUUUUGCCACCAGAACUCGAACUUUUGGAGGAGUUGCAAUCCUUGUCUUCAUGUUCUUCACCUUGAUGCUUCGAAAUUGGCACCAGCCUGGCAGUGAUAGUGCUGCCUCAAAAACCAGUGGAAAUCCUGAUGCACAUGAUAAAUGUGGUUCUCAAAUGUCCACUUCAGUUUCUUCUCAAUCUUCCUUGGAUGAUCAAGAGAAAAUUGACUUUGCAUCCCAGCUUCUUAGGGCUUGCAAUUGUCUUAGGAACCAAGCUUUUGUUAAUUAUCUGAUGGAUAUCCUGCAGCAUUUGGUGCCUUUUUUUAAGUCUCCAGCUGAUGGUCUUGAAACUGGUCCAAGUUCUGGGUCUGGAUGUGGGGCUUUACUAACAGUACGAAGAGAUAUACCAGCUGGUAACUAUUGUCCAUUCUUUUUGGAUACGUACGUAAAAGCUCAUCGCACAGAUAUUUUUAUGGACUACUACAGGCUAUUGUUGGAGAAUGCAUUUCGUCUGGUGUACACCUUGGUGAGACCAGAAAAGCAAGACAAGAAUGGGGAGAAAGAAAGGGUUUACAAGAUGUCUUCUAGCAAGGACUUGAAGCUUGAUGGAUAUCAGGAUGUCCUCUGCAGUUACAUCAAUAAUCCUCACACAACAUUUGUUAGAAGAUAUGCAAGGAGGCUUUUCCUGCAUCUGUGUGGAAGUAAGACUCACUAUUACAGUGUUAGAGAUUCUUGGCUGUUUUCAACUGAAGUGAAGAAACUCUUCAAAUGUGUAAAUAAAUCUGGUGGCUUUCAAAAUACCGUCUCUUAUGAAAGAAGUGUUAAGAUAGUUAAGUGCCUUUCCACAAUGGCUGAAGUAGCCACUGCACGGCCUCGGAAUUGGCAGAAGUACUGUCUGAGACAUGGAGAUGUAUUGCCCUUCCUCAUGAAUGGAAUAUUUUAUUUUGCUGAAGAGUCUGUCAUUCAGACUCUUAAAUUAUUAAGUUCGGCCUUUUACUUGGGGAAGGAUCUGAGUCAGUGUCUGCAAAAAGCUGAAGCUGGUGAUUCAGGAACCAGUUCAAACAAGUCAGGUGCUCAAUCUGUGGAAUCAAAGAAGAAGAAGAAGGGUGAUGAUGGAAUUGAAUCUGGUUCAGAGAAGUCUUAUGUGGAUAUGGAGGCAGUUGUGGAUAUCUUUACUGAUAAGGCUGGUGAUGUCUUGAGGCAAUUUAUAGAUAUCUUUUUACUGGAAUGGAAUUCAUGCUCUGUGCGUGCUGAGGCUAAGUGUGUUCUCUAUGGUGUGUGGCAUCAUGGGAAGCAUUCACUCAAGGAAACCUUGUUAACAGACCUAUUACAGAAGAUGAAAUGCUUGCCUAUGUAUGGUCAGAAUAUUGUUGAGUAUACGGAACUUGUCACAUGUUUGUGGGGUAAGGUCCCUGAUAGCAACUCAAAGCAACAGACUGAACUUGUAGACCGAUGCUUGACUGCUGAUGUUACUAAAGGCAUCUUUGAGACACUGCAUUCACAAAAUGAGUUUAUAGCUAAUCAUCCAAAUUCUCGCAUAUAUAGCACUUUGAGUGGUUUGGUGGAAUUUGAUGGUUACUAUCUUGAGAGUGAGCCAUGUGUUGCUUGCAGCUCUCCUGAGGUGCCAUAUAGCAGGAUGAAGUUAGAAAGUUUGAAAUCUGAAACCAAGUUUACUGACAACCGCAUCAUUGUGAAAUGCACUGGAAGUUAUACAAUCCAGACUGUGACUAUGAAUGUUCAUGAAGCCCGGAAAUCCAAAUCAGUGAAAGUGUUGAACUUGUAUUACAACAAUCGGCCUGUAGCUGACUUGUCUGAGUUGAAGAAUAACUGGCCAUUGUGGAAGCGUGCAAAGAGUUGCUACCUUGCUUUCAACCAGACUGAGCUGAAAGUGGAGUUCCCUAUUCCAAUCACUGCUUGCAACUUCAUGAUAGAGCUGGAUUCUUUCUAUGAAAAUCUUCAAGCUUUAUCUCUUGAGCCAUUGCAAUGCCCGCGUUGCAGUCGACCUGUGACUGAUAAGCAUGGAAUAUGCAGCAAUUGCCAUGAGAAUGCAUAUCAAUGUAGGCAGUGCCGCAACAUCAAUUAUGAGAAUUUGGAUUCUUUUCUAUGCAAUGAGUGUGGCUAUAGCAAGUACGGUCGUUUUGAAUUCAACUUCAUGGCUAAGCCAAGUUUUACAUUUGAUAAUGUGGAGAAUGAUGAAGAUAUGAAACGGGGGUUGGCAGCUAUAGAAGCUGAAUCAGAAAAUGCUCAUAGGAGAUAUCAGCAACUCUUGGGCUUUAAGAAACCCCUUCUUAAGAUAGUGUCCAGCAUUGGUGAGAAUGAGAUGGAUUCGCAGCAGAAAGACUCUGUUCAGCAAAUGAUGGUCUCUUUGCCUGGACCUUCAUGUAAGAUAAAUCGCAAAAUAGCUCUUCUUGGUGUCCUCUAUGGUGAGAAGUGCAAGGCUGCUUUUGAUUCUGUCAGUAAAAGUGUUCAGACACUUCAGGGGCUUCGUCGUGUAUUAAUGAUUUACUUGCAUCAGAAACAUUCAGAUGAUAGUGGAGCUCCAUCAAGAUUUAUUGUUUCUAGAUCUCCAAAUAACUGUUAUGGCUGUGCAACUACAUUUGUUACUCAAUGCCUUGAAAUACUGCAAGUUCUAUCAAAACAUCCAAGUUCUAAAAAGCAGCUUGUUGCAGCUGGUAUCUUGUCUGAGUUGUUUGAAAACAAUAUUCACCAAGGUCCAAAAACUGCUCGUGUUCAAGCUAGGGCAGCACUUUGUGCUUUCUCUGAGGGUGAUAUUAAUGCGGUAACUGAGUUGAACCGUUUAAUACAGAAGAAAGUUACAUACUGCCUUGAACAUCAUCGCUCCAUGGAUAUUGCUGUGGCCACUCGAGAGGAAUUAUUGUUGCUUUCAGAUGUGUGUUCUCUUGUUGAUGAAUUCUGGGAAUCAAGAUUGCGUGCUGUUUUUCAGCUGUUGUUUUCCUCCAUCAAAUUGGGAGCUAAACAUCCUGCUAUAUCUGAACAUAUAAUUCUUCCAUGUCUAAGGAUCAUAUCUCAGGCUUGCACUCCCCCAAAACCUGAUGCAUCAGAAAAAGACCAAGGUAUUGGGAAAUCUGCCCCUGCUACACCACUGAAGAAUGACAAUAGCUCAAACUUGUCUGGAUCUCUGGGAGGUGUUGGCAGUGGUAGUAAAUUGUUGUCAGAACCUUUGGAAAAAAAUUGGGAUGUCACACAUAAAAGCCAAGACAUUCAGUUGCUUAGUUAUUCAGAGUGGGAGAAGGGAGCAUCCUAUCUUGAUUUUGUUAGAAGGCAAUCCAAAGUGUCUCAAGCAGUGAAAGGUGCUGGUCAGAAGUCUCGACCCCAGAGAUCUGACUACCUGGCUCUCAAGUAUGGGUUGAGGUGGAAGCGCCAUGCUUGUAAAGCAACUAAAAGUGGCUUGUCAGUCUUUGAGCUGGGAUCAUGGGUUACUGAACUUGUUCUGAGUGCUUGCUCUCAGUCUAUCAGGUCAGAGAUGUGCAUGCUGAUUAGCUUACUUUGUGCCCAAAGUGCAUCUAGACGGUUUCGGUUGCUGAACUUAUUAAUGGGUCAGUUACCUGCAACCCUGGCAGCUGGUGAAAGUGCUGCAGAAUAUUUUGAAUUGCUAUUCAAGAUGAUUGAGUCUGAAGAUGCCCGUCUGUUCUUGACUGUAAGAGGAUGUCUAAGUACAAUUUGUAAAUUGAUCACACAAGAAGUGGACAAUAUUGAAUCUUUAGAGAGGAGUCUGCAUAUUGACAUUUCACAAGGAUUCAUCCUUCACAAGCUAAUAGAGCUCCUUGGAAAAUUUCUAGAGGUUCCUAAUAUCAGAUCCAGAUUCAUGCGGGAUAAUUUGCUCACUGAAGUCCUUGAGGCCCUUAUUGUCAUUCGUGGCUUGAUAGUGCAGAAGACAAAAUUGAUUAGUGAUUGCAAUCGACUUCUCAAAGAUCUGCUUGAUAGUCUUUUGCUUGAAAGCAGUGAAAAUAAGCGCCAGUUCAUCCGUGCCUGUAUCUGUGGCUUGCAAAUCCACAGAGAGGAGAAAAAGGAACGAAGUUGUUUGUUUAUUCUAGAGCAGCUCUGCAAUUUGAUUUGUCCAUCAAAACCAGAGGCAGUUUAUCUUUUGGUUCUAAACAAGGCUCAUACACAAGAAGAGUUUAUCAGGGGUUCAAUGACCAAAAAUCCAUAUUCCAGUGCUGAAAUUGGCCCUCUAAUGCGUGAUGUUAAAAACAAAAUUUGCCAUCAAUUGGACCUGAUAGGACUUCUUGAGGAUGACUAUGGUAUGGAACUUCUAGUGGCUGGUAAUAUUAUCUCUCUUGAUUUGAGCAUUGCUCAAGUUUAUGAGCAAGUCUGGAAGAAAUCAAACAGUCAAUCUUCAAAUGCCAUGGCUAAUUCUUCAUUGUUGCCUACUGGUGCUUUGACAUCAUCUCGAGAUUGCUCACCCAUGAUAGUGACUUACCGACUCCAGGGUUUAGACGGUGAAGCAACUGAACCUAUGAUCAAAGAAUUGGAGGAGGACAGAGAAGAGUCACAAGAUCCAGAGGUUGAGUUUGCUAUAGCUGGUGCAGUACGUGAAUGUGGAGGACUUGAAAUCUUAUUGGGCAUGAUCCAGCGUUUGAGAGAGGAUUUCAAGUCCAACCAAGAAGAAUUGGUUGCUGUUCUCAAUCUCCUCAUGCACUGCUGCAAGAUUAGGGAGAACAGAAGGGCUUUACUGAGGCUAGGAGCUUUAGGCAUGCUUCUUGAGACAGCAAGGCGUGCCUUUUCUGUGGAUGCUAUGGAGCCAGCUGAGGGUAUUCUUUUGAUUGUUGAAAGUCUGACAUUGGAAGCAAAUGAGAGUGAUGGUAUAAGCACUUCACAAGGUGUUCUUACUGUUACUAGUGAGGAAAGUGGCACUGGGGAGCAGGCCAAGAAAAUCGUUCUUAUGUUCCUUGAAAGACUUUCCCAUCCUAUGGGCCUUAAGAAGUCAAACAAACAACAGAGGAACACUGAGAUGGUUGCAAGAAUCUUGCCCUACUUGACUUAUGGUGAGCCUGCUGCAAUGGAAGCACUUAUCCAGCAUUUUAACCCGUACUUGCAAGACUGGAGGGAAUUUGACCAGUUGCAGAAACAGCAUCAAGACACCCCUAAAGAUGAGAACAUUGCUCAACAAGCAGCCAAGCAGAGGUUUACAGUGGAAAAUUUUGUUAGGGUUUCAGAGUCACUCAAGACCAGUUCUUGUGGAGAGAGACUGAAGGACAUUAUCCUAGAGAAAGGUAUUACAGAUGUGGCUGUUAGAUAUUUAAGGGAAAGUUUUGCAGUAACAAGCCAGGCAGGCUUUAAAUCUAGUGCAGAAUGGGCAUUGGCUUUGAAACUGCCAUCCGUCCCUCAUAUAUUGUCAAUGCUAAGGGGUUUAUCGAUGGGGCACCUUGCGACUCAAAGAUGUAUUGAUGAAGAAGGAAUCUUGCCCUUGCUCCAUGCUUUAGAAGGUGUGUCUGGAGAAAAUGAGAUUGGGGCAAGGGCUGAAAAUUUGUUGGACACCCUAUCUGACAAGGAGGGUAAAGGAGAUGGAUUCUUGGAAGAGAAAGUCUGUAGACUGCGGCAUGCAACUAGAGAUGAAAUGAGGCGUCGAGCUUUAAAGAUGAGGGAGGAGUUGCUUCAGGGACUAGGAUUUCGACAAGAACUUGCUUCUGAUGGUGGAGAACGAAUUGUUGUUGCUCAGCCAGUUCUGGAAGGUUUAGAAGAUGUGGAGGAGGAGGAAGAUGGCUUGGCCUGUAUGGUCUGUCGAGAGGGCUACAGUUUGAGGCCUGGUGACUUGCUCGGUGUUUACUCUUUUAGCAAGAGGGUGAACCUCGGUGUUGGUACUUCAGGAAGUACACGGGGAGAGUGUGUUUAUACCACUGUUAGUUAUUUUAAUAUCAUUCAUUUCCAGUGCCAUCAGGAGGCAAAAAGAGCAGAUGCCGCUUUGAAGAAUCCAAAGAAAGAAUGGGAGGGUGCUACUCUCAGGAACAAUGAAUCUCUUUGCAAUUCCUUAUUCCCUGUGAGAGGACCUUCAGUCCCACUAGUGCAAUAUGUGCGCUAUGUUGACCAAUACUGGGAUAACCUCAAUGCUCUUGGACGUGCUGAUGGGAGCCGUCUCCGACUGCUGACUCAUGACAUUGUUCUGAUGCUAGCUCGUUUUGCGACAGGGGCAUCAUUUAGUGCAGAAAGUAGGGGUGGUGGCCGGGAAAGCAACUCUAGAUUUUUGCCUUUUAUGAUCCAGAUGGCUCAUCACCUUCUCGAACAGGGAGGCUCCUCACAGCGCCGUAGCAUGGCCAAGGCUGUGGCAGCAUACGUUACCUCCUCCCCUGCGGAUUCCAAGUCAUCAAGUCCUGGAAGCCAACCUUCCAUGGGAACCGAAGAAUCUGUUCAAUUCAUGAUGGUGAACUCACUCCUUUCAGAGUCUUAUGAGUCAUGGUUGCAACAUCGACGUGGUUUCUUGCAGCGUGGAAUAUACAUUGCAUACCGGUCGACAUCCAAGAUGGAAUCAGCAAGUAGCAGCAGAAGCUCAACCUCAGAGUCAAAUAGUGCUGAUGAGCUAUUGCCUGUUGUUCGACAAAUGCUUGUGUACACUGGUUUGAUCGAGCAGUUGCAACAAUUUUUCAAGGCCAAGAAACCUGGAAACGCAGAAUCUGUCAAAACUGAAGGAACAUCUACAGGUUCAGAAGGGGAAGAUGGGAGUGGAAACCUGGAAGCUUGGGAGGUUUUUAUGAAAGACAGGCUCCUAAAUGUGAAGGAAAUGCUAGGGUUCUCCAAGGACUUGCUCUCAUGGCUCGACGAGAUGAACUCUGCAUGUGAUUUGCAGGAGGCCUUCGACAUAAUCGGUGCUCUAGGUGAUGUGCUAUCUGAGGGGUUUUCACGAUGUGAGGACUUUGUGCAAGCCGCAAUCGAUGCUGCGAAGAUGUGAGCAUUAGAUCAAAUCAGGGCUAAUUUGUUAAUUUCCCUUUGUGUGAAGUAGCUUAAUUCUGCUUUAAUAAUUAGCAAUGAGCUCAAGACAGUUUGUACGUACAAUAUAUAUUUGCUCCUUGGUAAUGAGAAAUAUCAUUUUUUCCUGCACAUUAGUUCAGCUUAAUUCAAUUCAAUGACCUGAAUUUAAUAAAAGUGCAUUUUCAGG